GCAGCAGUAGGCAAUACGGGUUUGAGCUCGGACCCACCGACUUGCUGGAGCGCAAGGGCUCCCUCACCCUCCGUUCCCAUCGCAAGAAAUACUCGAAGCCGGUGUUGGUGUAUUCCUGAUUUGGAUCUCAGAAACACACGAACAAAUGGCACAAGUUCUUUUAAACACAAAAUUGGCUCAAAUACAAAGCCAGGCUUUGUUGAAUGAGGAAACAAUGAACUCUGGGAUUAUUGAAAGGGACACUGGAUUGCCUGCGACAGGUUUUGGAGCUCUUUUUACUACACACCCACCGGAUCGGCGCAAUAUGUGUUCACUGACGACAUAUACUGAGGACUACACUCCACCAUAUGACUAUCAGCCAUUUGAUUAUCCUUGUCAAGAUGAUUAUUCAAUAGUCCACAGGAAAUGCCGUUCUCAGUUCACAGAUUUAAAUGGUUCCAAAAGAUGUGGCAUCCACACUUGGCAUGAUGAGAGUGGGAUUUAUGCUAAUUCACAUGUAAAACAAAAACUGUACCCGUUAACUGGUGGUCCCAUUGUCCCAUUUUUACAAUAAUGUAUGAAAUCAGAUUCUCUAACUAAUGAAAGAAUAAUGGAUUUAACAGCUGAUGAUGUUUUUAUCCUAAUAAAUGCAAUGGAAAUAAUA